GGGCAAACGGUGUACAUAGCUCAAUCGUGCUAGUCUCUGAACACGUUGCUGCUAUUGGUGGGGGAAAGCUACCGAUAUCAUUUGUGUCACCGGUGUAUUUCAUUUCCAUCGCCAUGAAGAAGAAACAUCUUCCGAUCCGUGCAACGCCGUGGGUGCUACUUGCAGUGACAAUCUUCUUUUUGGGAUCGUCGUCGCCAACGCCUUCGGCAAAUGCCCUGUCUCHCCCUCGAAGACCAUCGACACUGCCGCCACAAGGGCGGCAGGUACGACAGAAGAAACCAAUCCGUUUGGCCGCGUCAUCUUCCCCUUCAGAAAACAAAAACCAACCAUCGAUGUCAUCUCUCGCGGAAACGGCAACAGUCCCGGAAGAAAUAUUCAAUCUUGUCAAAUCCAUCAUCGGUGCCGGCGUUCUAUCCUUACCAGCGGGGAUAGCGCUGAUGGCCAACACCGGUGCUGGUGGAACUUCUAGCAACGGUAUUCUGCUUUCUUCGUCUUGCUUCUUGAUUGCAAUGAUGGGGAGCAUCUCCGCCUAUACUUUUUCAUUGAUUGCACGGGUCUGCCGGAUGACAAGCAGUGAUACAUACGCCGACUGCUGGACGGCUACCAAGGGACAAUCCCUGGCGUGGAUUGUUGCGUUGUCGUCUACACUGGAUUGUUUUGCCGGGAAUCUGACGUACUCGAUGGUCCUGGCUGAUACAUUUCGCCAGCUCUUAUCGUCUCUGCUCAAGCUGGUGGAUGGAGGAAACGGAAACCAACUCGUUGCAACCCUGGCGGCGAACAACAGCCGCACGAAUGUUCUCUUGCUUUUAACGACAAUGGUAUUGUUGCCGUUGUGUUGCGUCAAGAAUUUAUCGUCGUUGGCACCCUUCUCGCUUGUGGGCAUACUUGGAAUGGUGUACACAGGGCUCGUGAUUGGGCUGAGGUAUUUCGAUGGAAGCUACCGAUUGCCAGGCGGAAAGUUCAUGGCCGAUCUUAAGCCGGUGCCACCGCUUGCCGCCGGGAGCGGCGGUGCUUCUGCUGGAUCUGCUGCUGUAAUGCCCCUGCUGAAUCCCAAGUCGCUCAUUCUGGUUUCGAUGCUGUCCACCGCGUACAUUGCGCAUUUCAACGCACCAAAGUUCUACAGGGAGCUGAAGGGAUCGAGCACGGAACCCAAUCGAUUUCACUUCGGRGUGGUGGCGCCUUCCUUUGCCGCAUGUGUCCUUUUCUACGCCGUGGUUUCGUCCCUCGGCUACCUGACGUUUGGAUCCUCGACAGCACCGAUGAUACUGAGCAAUUAUUCGACCAAGGACGCUCUGGUCUCGCUCUCGCGAUUUGCUGUUGGUCUGUCGCUGAUCUUUUCCUAUCCGCUGCUCUUUGUGGGCUUACGCGACGGGGUGAUCGAUCUGGUCAACCAGGUCACUCCACUUUUCCGAAAGCAGCAAAAGCCACUACAAUUGACGGAGCGCCAAUCGAACCGCUUUACGACAGCGCUUGUGUCCCUGAUUACAGUCCUAGCACUGCGAAUCACCGACCUGACGUUCGUGGCCAGCUUAUCGGGUGCCCUGCUGGGUACCUCCCUGAUUUUUAUUUUUCCAACGCUCAUGUUCCGUUCGGCGCUGAAAAACGAAAGCGAGAGGACGAAAACACCCUACACGAAGCUACAAAAAUUCGAGCGAGGGUUGUGCUCGAUCAUUGCGGGUUUGGGUGUUUUCAUUGCAGGGGUUGGUGCCAAAAUGGCGUGGACGGCAUAGGAAACAAGCUGCGGCCUAUCGGUGGAUCCGUUUGAUUCAGCAUUUCCAUUUUUUCAUAGAAUAGGUGUUUGUGACUUACAGAUUUUGAAUGCGAGACGGACGUAAUAACAAACUCUAUUACAG